AUGAAGCUCGGAUUCAAGUCUACUGCCAAGGCAACAUUGUCUUCACCCCUGACGGCAAUGCAGUGCUCCGUAUCCGUCUUUGAUCUCGUCAAUAACAAGUCGUAUACACUUCCAUUCGAAAAUCUCAAGAAUAUAGCUCGCAUGGCUCUGUCGCCGCAGGGCCACCUUCUUGUCACGGUGGAUGAAGAUGGUCGAGCCCUGUUGAUCAACUUUAUGCGAAACGCGCUCUUGCACCACUUCAACUUUAAGGAAGCAGUCCAGGACAUCAAAUUCAGCCCCGAUGGUCGCUUUAUCGCCGUCACCCACGGACGCUUGCUGCAGGUGUGGCGCGCCCCUGGUUUCAACAAGGAGUUUGCUCCCUUUGUGCUGCAUCGCACCUACAAUGUGAUGCACGUUGAGUGGUCUCCCGACUCGCAAUUCUUCCUGACAGCUGCUCAGGAUAUGACUUGCCGUCUUCAUUCGCUGCACCCCAUUCCUGGCUUUGUGCCUCUGACGUUCUCCGGACAUCGUGACGCUGUCAUUUCCUGCUUUUUCAGCAACGAUCUGCAACAUAUCUACACCAUUGGCCGAGACGGCUCGGCAUUUGUUUAUGGUCACAAGCGCACGGUUGCCCUGGAAGCACCUGCGCCAGCAGCCUCGGCUGAAGAGACGACCACCGGAGAAGAGCGGCAGAUCGUACCGGCCGAGACCUCUCCACUAUCGACCCACGUUCUGGCAACGACUGUCUGGGGUCUGCGUGCCAAGCAUUACUUCAACCAACCACAGGCCCGCGUGAUCAGCGCGUGCUUCAGUCCUCGGUCAAACAUGCUUGUGGCAGGCUUCACCAACGGCGUCUUUGCGCUUUACGAUAUGCCCGAUUUUAACAACAUUCACUCUCUCAGCAUCUCGCAACACCGCAUCUCGGCUGUCGCGCUCAACCCCACCGGCGAAUGGCUGGCGUUUGGCUGCGCCAAGCUGGGUCAGCUGCUCGUGUGGGAGUGGCAGUCAGAAACGUAUAUUCUGAAGCAGCAGGGCCACUACCACGAUAUGAGCACCAUUGCCUACUCGUCGAACGGCUUGCAUAUUGCAACGGGCGGCGACGAUGGCAAGGUCAAGCUGUGGAACACGCAUUCAGGGUUUUGCUUUGUGACGUUUAGCGAACACACGGCAGCCAUCACGGGUGUCACUUUCUCGUCGCACGGCCAUUCGGUGUUCAGCUCGUCGUUGGACGGCACCGUUCGUGCGUUUGAUCUCGUCCGCUACCGCAACUUCCGCACCUUCACGUCGCCCCGGCCUGCGCAGUUCUCCUGCCUCGCUCUCGAUCGAAGCGACGAAAUUGUUUGCGCCGCCUCGCGCGACACGUUUGAGAUUUUCGUCUGGUCGGUCCAAACCGGUCGACUUCUUGAAGCCUUGGCUGGCCACACUGGCCCGGUGAGCGGAAUUGCCUACGCGCAUCAUCGCUCGCUUCUUGCCAGCUGCAGCUGGGACAAGACUGUCAAGUUUUGGGACGUCUUUGAGACCACUGCUGCCAAGGAGACGCUGCUGCACCAGUCGGACGUCCUUGCGCUCGCGUUCCGUCCUGAUGACCAAGAGCUCUGCACCGCUACGCUGGAUGGACAACUUUGCUUCUGGGAGGUGUCCAGUGGCUCGCUCGUCAAGUCUAUCGAGGGUCGACGUGAUAUCGCUGGUGGCCGAAGUGAAACGGAACGCACAGCCGCUGCCAACUCGGCUGCUGGCAAGAACUUUACCAGCGUGUGCUACACUGCUGAUGGCGCGUGCGUUCUUGCGGGUGGCAACUCCAAGUAUGUUUGCAUUUACAGCGUGGCACAAGGCGUGCUCUUGCGGCGCUUCCAAAUUUCAAAGAACAAGUCGUUCGACGCCAUGAGCGAUUUUCUCAACAGCGCAAACAUGACCGCCGGCGGCUCUCUGGCAAUGAUUGACGAUUCGGACGACGAGGCGGAUGUUGAAGGCCUCGGCAAGUCGCGCCGCAAGGAAGAAGGUGGCGCUGGCGGUAUGGAUGUGUCGCUUCCCGGUGUUGCCAAAGGCGAUUUCAGCUCGCGCCGUGUCAAGCCUCGCAUUCGCACCAGGGGUGUGCAAUUCUCACCCACUGGCCGAUCAUGGGCGGCUGCCUCCACGGAAGGUCUGCUCAUCUUUUCGUUGGAUGAGUCACUGGUCUUUGAUCCAGUCGACCUCGAUGUCGAUGUGACUCCUGACGCCGUUCGACAGCUCAGCGCCGAUGGCGAACAUGCCCGUGCCUUGUCUGUUUCCUUCCGCCUCGGCGAGGUGGAUGUGUGCCACCAUGCUAUCGAAAGCGUCCCCGCCACGGACAUUGCCGUCGUUGUCACUCAACUGAGCGCUUCCUCGGCCGAACGCACGCUGGCGUUCAUUGCAUCGCAUGCACUUGAAAGCUCCCGUCAUGUUCAUUUUUACUUGACAUGGACGAACGCCAUUUUGGACACACAUGGUCCGGCUCUCAAGCUUCGCGCAUCCGACGCCCGCAACCUCCACAUUUAUCGCGCUCUCCAAAAAGCCAUUUCGAAGCAUUAUGAUGACCUUGCCAGCAUGUGUGACGAAAACAAGUAUGCCCUCGCGUUUUUGACUGCUGUUCCUGGUGCUAGUGCGGAUAACCAAUUGAGCGCGAUGGUGGGUGCGCUCAAUGCGGAUCCACAUUUAUAA